AACGCCGCGGGAUGUAGCGCGGGGUCAGUGGCCCCGAGCAGAGCCCGCCGCCCGCCUGUCUUCCAUCACAGGGAACUCUCUGCCCCCUGGGGCCGAGAGACCCCACCCUUUCCCCAAGCUGAAGCCGCAGAGCAUUGAGGUACCAGCCAGAUGUCUUCUCACAAAGGACCUGUGGUGGCCCAGGGCAAUGGGGCUCCUGCCGGGAACAGGGAGGCUGACACAGUGGAGCUGGCUGAGCUGGGCCCCCUGCUAGAGGAGCAGGGCAAGCGGGGCGUCGCCAGCCCGACCAAAGCCGAAGAAGAGCAGGCAUGCCCAGUGCCUCAGGAAGAGGAGGAGGAGGUGCGGGUGCUGACACUGCCCCUGCAAGCCCACCAUGCCAUGGAGAAGAUGGAGGAGUUUGUGUAUAAGGUCUGGGAGGGGCGCUGGAGGGUCAUCCCAUACGACGUGCUCCCCGACUGGCUGAAGGACAACGACUACCUGCUGCACGGCCACAGGCCGCCCAUGCCCUCCUUCCGGGCCUGCUUCAGGAGCAUCUUCCGCAUCCACACGGAGACCGGCAACAUCUGGACCCACCUGCUUGGUUUUGUGCUGUUUCUCUUUCUGGGAAUCCUGACCAUGCUCAGACCAAACAUGUACUUCAUGGCCCCCCUUCAGGAGAAGGUGGUGUUCGGGAUGUUCUUCCUGGGCGCGGUGCUCUGCCUCAGCUUCUCCUGGCUCUUCCACACCGUCUACUGUAACUCAGAGAAGGUCUCUCGGACCUUUUCCAAACUGGAUUAUUCAGGGAUUGCCCUGCUGAUUAUGGGGAGCUUUGUUCCCUGGCUCUAUUACUCCUUCUACUGCUCCCCACAGCCACGGCUCAUCUACCUCUCCAUCGUCUGUGUCCUGGGCAUCUCUGCCAUCAUUGUGGCACAGUGGGACCGGUUUGCCACUCCUAAGCACCGGCAGACAAGAGCAGGGGUGUUCCUGGGGCUUGGCUUGAGCGGCGUCGUGCCCACCAUGCACUUCACAAUCGCGGAGGGCUUUGUCAAGGCCACCACGGUGGGCCAGAUGGGCUGGUUCUUCCUCAUGGCUGUGAUGUACAUCACCGGAGCCGGCCUUUAUGCCGCGCGGAUUCCUGAGCGCUUCUUCCCUGGAAAAUUCGACAUAUGGUUCCAGUCUCAUCAGAUCUUCCACGUCCUGGUGGUGGCAGCCGCCUUCGUCCACUUCUACGGGGUCUCCAACCUUCAGGAGUUCCGAUACGGCCUGGAAGGAGGCUGUACUGACGACUCCCUCCUCUGAGCCGCCCCCCAAGGGCACAGCAGGAACUUCCCAAGUGCUUUUAAAAUAACUUCUUUGCUGAAGUGAGAGGAAGAGUCUGAGUUGUCUUGUUUCUAGAAGAAACCUCUUAGAGAAUUCAGUACCAACCGAGCUUCAGCCCACUUCACACUCACUGGGCAAUAAACUCUCCAGUCCCUCGCUGAGAGCAGUGGGGAUGGGCAGACGUGGCCGCGCCCCCCUCGGUAAGGCAACUACUGUUCCCUCACAGAGACGGGGCUUUGAAGCUCAUGUUGAGAUUUUACCCCUCCUCCAACCAUUCUGGGGAAAAAUGAUGGACUGGGACUUUUCAGAAAUUCUGUUUCUGGAAGAAACUGUCCCUCCCUCACCCCCGUCUUGACUUUGUAACCUGGCUUAUAACAGGCCAUCCGUUUUUGUAGCACACUUUUGAAAAACAGUUAUAACCUCGUCCAUCUUUCUAGGGCCUGGACCUGCUCACACAGCAGGAAGAGCAAAGCCACCAACUUUUACACAGCCGGCUAAUCAUGGAAGUGUGUCCAGGCUUCAAAUAACUUGAGUUUUAAUGUUUUCUUGGCAGAGUAAUGUAAAAUUAAAGUGGGG